AUGACCAGUGGGUAUCGACAUAUAUCUUGGCCGUAAGAGAUUCAAGUACUUAUAUCGGUUGCAUGGUCGUUUUUGACGCCGUUUGAUUUCGGCCACCGUCGACCUCGGGUUCUGUCUAAUUGCUGAAACAGACACAUCCUGACGAUUUUCUCUUAUAAAUUCAUUCCGUCUGUUAUUUACAGGGUUCAUAGAUUAUACAGACAGUUACAUUAUAAUACAUUAGAAGAGUUAAGCGUAAUAGAUUAGUGGAUGCUGUUGUGUGUGUUGCAGUGUGUGCCACGUACGUUUGUCAACAUAAAUAGGCCAGUGUUGUUUUCCAGUUUAUAGUCAGAGCCUCCUCUCAACGCAUCGACUUCGUUAGAAGACAAAAAGUACCCUAGUGCCAACAUUAGGUGUAACGCGUGUUAAAACAAAUCGAUACAUCGAUUAAUCGUUUUCUUUUGUGCGUUAUUGGUGUUUUUGUCUUUUGUGUCUCGCCUUUAACAUCCCGUCGCCGUCCAGCCCUGGCAGACUGCUGUCCUCCGUGCUUGUGUUGUGGGUCUGGAGCUGCUCUGGAGCGCCUCUCUGCCACGUCGGCUACUUCCACGACCUGCAACACUUCAAUAUACAGCUCUACUUUAUAUUAAAAUGCCCUCUCUCAUCUCGAGUGUGCAUCAAUUAACCCUAAAAUGCAUUUGAUUUGCUUUUUCAAGUGUUAAGUAAUAGAGUUUUUUAAGGGUGUAGCUGACAUACCUGUUGUAUUGCUCAUUGAAACCUCUUUUGUUCUGAUGCAUGGAUGUUUUCUUCUUAUGUGACUUCACGCAGGAGGAAACCAACGUGAGCUAGCGCGCCAGAAGAAUGCUAAAAAACAAAAUGAACAUGGGAAAGGGAAGAGGAACGAGGAUGGGCUGUCUGCCGCUGCUCGGAAGCAAAGGUAGGCAAAUGUUUACUUUAUGGUAAUUCUCACAAACUUUGCAGGAGAGUUGUAACUUUUUAUUUUUUUACCUUCAGCAUCAGCCUGGUUUGGGGAGGUCCCCUUUUUUUGUCUUUUGUGAUUUUUCCUUGUGCAAAAACAAACAAACAAACCAAAAAAAGUGUUUUUGAAGGAGUAGUUGUUUAACAUUUACUAUUUUUAAAAGAGGCAUAUUUUCCUACAUGAAUUUAAUAAAAGUUUGACUACUGUUAGAUUCUGUCCUAACUACCUUUUCUGUCACUCUCCAGGGAUGCGGAGAUAAUGCAACAGAAGCAGAAGAAAGCGGCAGAAGGGGCAGAAGGGGGAAAUGGAAGCACUAAGUCCAAGUAA